AUGAAUCGUAAACCACCAAAUCGUGUUGUAUCAACUGCAGCUAGUGGUGCCGUUGAUGAAGCUAUAUUCGAAGAUGCCUUUAAAUCAUCACAUGCUGCAUCAUUAUCAUCUGGUAAAGAUGUUGAAAAUCAAUUAACAAAUGUUCGUGAAACACUUGCCGAUACAAAUAAUGAUUGGGAAAAACGUGUUGAAGCUCUUAAACGUUUACGAUCAAUCGUUGCCGGUGGCGCCGAUCAAUAUGAAGAAUUUUUUCGUAGUCUUCGUCAACUUGAUUUACCAUUAGUUGCAACUGUAAGAGAUUUACGUUCACAAAUUGUUCGAGAAGCUUGUAUAACAUUAGCAUACAUGUCUGUUCGUUUAACAAAUCGAUUUGAACGUACAGCUGAAAGUAUUCUACCAGCUAUGCUUAGUUUAAUACAAAAUAGUGCAAAAGUUAUUUCAACAAGUGGUUCAAUUGCUUUGCGUUAUAUCAUAGGACAUACGCAAGCAGGUAAAUUAAUUCCACUUAUAUUAGCUGGAGUUGAAUCGAAAGCAAAAGAUAUUCGAAGACAAACAUAUGAAUUAUUGGUUAUUAUGCUUACUACAUGGGAUAUAGUUUAUUUGGAUAAACAUGGACAAUUAAUACAUAAUGCAAUAAAAAAAGGUCUAUCUGAUGCUGAUGCUGAUGCUCGAUCACAUGCAAGAAAAUCUUUUGGACUUUUUCGUGAUCAUUUUCCUUUAUUAGCUGAUGUUUUGCUUGCUUCCCUUGAUGCUUCGAAAAAGAAAACCUUAUUGGGUGAGAUGAGUAAUUCAUCGAGUACACAUUCAUUAGCAAGUACAAGUACAGGUACUUCGAAAUUACGGAGUAUUAAAGAUGUUACUCCUAGACAAGCUCGUGCAGUGAUUAAUGAUAAACAACAAUCACCGAGUGCUCUAGCACGAUCAUCGAGUGCGAAUGAACUUGCAUUACGAAAGAGAAAUAAUUUAUUAAAUCUUAAUACACCUACUAUUCAAUCAACAACCGGUCGACCUCGAUUUCUUGCUCAAUCAGCAGCUGCAACAAAUAGUGCAAAAACUACUACUACUGUAAAUUCUCGUCCAACCCAUACUGUUUCUCAAUCACAACCAGGUAGUCGAUCAACAUCUCCAAAUUCUUUAAAAUCAGCUCAUUAUUUAUCAAAUGCAUUACGUACACCAACAAAUGCACGAUCAAAAAUACCUGUUGGUUCAAGUGGUGGUUCAAGAAUAUCCAGUCGAGAAUCAAGUCCAGGACGAACACCGGUGACUGCUAGUGGUGGUGGAAAUAGACGUCGAUUUGUUCGUUCAUAUGGAUAUCGAGCACCAGGAAGUGAUUAUGUCGAUCAUUCACGACGUGUUAAUGGUGCUUGGGGUGCUGAUAGUGGUGAUGAUGCAUCAGAAACAUCGAGUAUAUGUUCUGAAAGAUCACUUGAAGAUGUAGCAGAUAUUUUACGUCGAAUGCAAAGUACAGAAUGGGCUGAACGAAAAGAAAGUCUUGCUAGUUUAUAUCAUAUGAUACGAUCUGGUCGUGUAUUUAGUACUCAUGAAUUAAAACGUCUAACUGAAUUAUUAACAAAACGUUUUUAUGAUCCACAUUCACAAGUAUUUACAGCAUUUCUUGAUGUUUUACCUGAAUUUAUAACAGCAUAUAAACGUGAAUUAAAUGAAUGGCUUUAUACAUUAUUAACACGUUUAUUAAUUCGUUUGGGUGCACCAGAUUUACUUGAUUCAGUUUAUAAAAAAUUAAAAACAUGUUUAACUAUUGUUAAUGCAUCAUUUGAUGUUCAUGCACAAUUUACUGUUCUUAUACGUUUUAUUAAUGAUAAUUCAUCAGCACCGGGUAUUAAAGCGAAAGAAAUACUUCUAAGAUAUUUACAACAAAUAAUUCAACAUAUGGAACCAGUUGAUAUAGCUAAUAAUGCAGAUAUACGAAUUGCUUUAUCAAAAAUUAUCAAUUGGUCAAAUGAACCCAAAAGUUUAGAAAUGAGAAAGGCUGCUCAAGGUGUUAUUCUUUCUCUUUAUAAUUUAAAUAGACCAGAAUUUACAAUAAUGCUCACUGCCUUACCAACAACUUAUCAAGAUGCUGCUGCAAAAAUUCUUCGACCAGCUAAUGACAUGCAAUCAUCAACACAUUCUCAACUUGAUAAUAAAUUUGAUUUUCUUCAACGAUCAAAUAGUAAUAAUUUAACAUCUUCAAUGACAAGUUCAAUUCAUUCAGAACUUCAAGCACCAUCAUAUGCAUCUGAUAUGCGUAUUUUAAUGGAAAAUAUGCAAGCAUUAAAUAUCAAUCAUCGACAAGAUGAUUUAUUAUUAUUAACAAAUUCAAAUCCUUUAAAAGAAACAAAUUAUCAAGAUACACGUUCAAAUUCAACAAGACAUUAUACACCACAAGCUUAUCGUUCAAAUCAAUCGCAAAGUAAUGUUACGGAAGCAUCAGAUAGUAUUCUUGAUGCUACUGAUCGUCCAGCUGCUAUUGAUAUAGCACUUAAUAUGGCAAAUCAACAAACAUUAGGAAAAGAACAACGACAACAUGCAUUACGUUGUAUAUUAAAAUUUUCGAAAUUAAAUGAUUCCGAAACAUGGAAUUUAGCAUUUAGUAAAACAUUAAAUACUUUAACACAAAUUCUUGAUAAUGAACAAGAUGAAACAAUAUAUAAAGUUUAUAGUCUUCGUAUAAUACGUGAAUUAUUAACACAUCAUACAAGUUUAUUUAAGAAUUAUAUCGAACUAACUAUAUUUCGAAUAUUAAAAGCUCAAAGUGAAAUCGAAAGUGAAAUAACUCGUUCAGCUGAACAAGCAGCUCAUGCUGCAGCUGAAUAUUUACCAGCUGAAAAUACUGUUCGAGUACUUAAACCCAUAAUAGAACAAGCUAAAUAUCCAAUGAAUCAAUCAGCUAUUGCAAUGUUACAAAAAACAAUUGAAUUAAUGAAUAAAGAUAUAUGUACAGAAUUAAUGCCUGAAAUGAUACCACCACUUUUAACGGUAUGGGAUUUUCAUUCCCAUAAUUUCAUUGGUGGAGACAACUCAUGGGAUAGUGAAACAUCAAGUGUACGAAAAGCAGCUGUUUUUUGUUUGGUUUCAAUUUAUUUAGUGGUUGGUGAUAGUCUUCGUGCUCAUUUGCAUAAAUUAAGUGCAAGCAAGCUCAAAUUAUUAAAUGUUUACAUUUCAAAAGCUCAACAGCAGACAAGCAAUUUAGAGAAAUCAUCGUCAACAAAUGGGAAUAGCAAUAACAUAUAA